AUGGAGCCUGUUGCCAUCUCGGGAGACAUACAACAAAUGUUCCACAGCUUUCUAGUUGAAGAAACCCAUAGGAUCUACCUGAGGUUUUUCUGGUAUGAAGACAACAAUCCAAGUAACAGUCUUGUAGAGUACCGCAUGAAAGUACAUGUAUUUGGGAAUCGACCUUCCCCGGCUAUUGCUAACUAUGGACUCCACAAGACAGCGGAAAUCAGUCUUGAGAAAUAUGGAAGUGAUGUGAGAGACUUCAUUCAGAGAAACUUUUAUGUGGACGAUGGAUUGAUAUCCCUACCCACAUCAACUGAAGCAAUUGACUUGAUGACGCGUACUAUGUCUGCCCUUAAGAAUGAAGGAAAUCUACGCUUACAUAAGAUCGCUUCGAAUAAAGAAGAGGUCAUGAGUGCAUUCGCAAGUGAUGACCUUGCAAAGGACCUUAAGGAUCUGGACAUUGGCAGUGACCAACUUCCUGUACAGCGCAGCCUAGGAUUAAACUGGGAUUUAAGUCAAAUGACCUCUUCUUUGUUCGAAGCAAUCUUAUGUAAGCGUAGGUUUCCUUCAUUCUGA